AAAAGGACCACUCAGAGAAGCAAUCAAAAGAACAAUCAGAGGGACUCAGCCAUGGCGUACGUUCAGUCUAAAGUGAUGAAGAAGCGUCUUCAGGAAAAGCGCCGGGUGAGCGGUGCUGCUUUGCUUCGUGAAGAGUUGAAUGCGACCACGGCGGCUGGUGAUUCCAGCUCGUUGUUGGAUAGCAUCCAGCCCGUGGAGAAGGAUAAAGGCGUGAUGAUGGCGAACUUUGAGGAGUGGAUCAAGAUGGCGACUGAUAACAAGAUCAAUACGACGAACAGUUGGAAUUUUGCGCUCAUCGACUACUUCCACGACAUGGAUGUUUUGAGAGGAAAGGAUAACAACAUUAACUUCCAAAAGGCAAGCGCCACGCUUGACGGGUGUGUGAAGAUCUACUCGUCUAGAGUCGAUUCUGUUGCUACUGAGACGGGGAGGCUCCUCAGUGGCUUGGCAACACGUAAACAGACUGGUGGUGGGGAGAAGAAGGAGCGUGAAGGCGAUGAGGAUGAUAAGGAUGAAGAGGGUGAUUCCAGCGAUGAGGAUGCUGGAGAGGGUGAUAUCCAAGGAUCUGCAAAGGCCAAAGCGAGAUCUUCGAAGAUCAGUGCGAAAAGAGUUGGUGAUACGUUAACAAGUUUUGAGUCUCUUCGGAUCAAAAAGCUCUCUGAGGAACUUAACAUUGAUCCGUUGUUCAAAAAAACGUUGGCUGAAUUCGAUGAAGGUGGAGCAAAGAGCUUAUUGCUCAAUGCAUUACAUAUAGACAAUCAUGGGAGAGUUGUCUUCGAUGCUAAUACAUCAAGUCGUGAUGGUGUGAAGGCGGAGGACGAUGAAGAAGAGUCAACGGUUGACGUUGAGAUGUCUGGAAUGGAUGAGCCUGAAGUGGACAUUUCACCCUUGAAAGACAUCUUGUACAAGAAUGGCGAUGACUUUGAUGAAACUACAUUGUGUCCUUCUAUUGAACAUUUAAACUCUGUUUUGAAAGAUAUCACCCAGGCUAAAUCUAUCCUCAAUGGAUUUAACGUCCAACAAGAGUCUAAUGACAGGGAAUCCAUUCAAGACUUUGCUGAAGACGGCCCAGAUUUUGAGUAUGGAGAUAACGACAAUUCAUAUGGCGAGUUGGAUAAUGAAGCAGCUGCAGUGAUCUUCCAAGAUGAGAUACAGACGGAUCAGGAGGAGGUUGGUAAUGAAACUGGUGUUGUGGCUAGUGUGGUUGAUCAAGAUUUGAUGGCAUAUUUCGACAACACAAUGAAACGUAGUUGGGCUGGUCCUGACCAUUGGAAGGUGAGGCAAUUCAAAAAGGGUAAAGCACAUGCCCUAUCACAAAGCUCUGAUACUGUUGCUGAUCCUGCUACUGCAAUGACGAAACAGAAGAAGACCAAAAACGAUUUCCAAAUAGACUUUAUGACUCCAGUGGAUGAAGAUGAGGAAAACACUAUGUUUGCCAAGGGUAAGACUUCCACACAGCUAUCUGCAGCAGACAGGGAGGCUAAAGACAGUCACUUACUCCCUGACGAUAUGUACUACACUUCGGACCAGUUAACGAGACUUUUCCUCAAACCAGCUCAGAAGUUGAAUAUAUUCAGACGGAAGUUAAACAUACGGACUAUUGAACCUUCUGAAGACCCUGAUAUUACAAGACCUGUGGAUGCAACGUUCUGGGCUGAUAAUUAUAAGGAAUGUGAACUCGAAAAGAAUAAAACCAAUACGGAUGGGGGUAGUGACCAAGGUGGCUAUGACGAUGACGAUAUUAAUAUUGGUGGGGACUACGAUUUCGACAUGGAUUACGACGCUGGUACAGAAUCCAACGAAGCCAAAUUGAACACAAAUACUCAGUUGAUCGCUGGAGGUGGUAAAGCCAGACUGGGUGCUCUCAACUAUUCCAAAAAGGCAAAGAACGUGAACGUGAAACAACUCAAAGAUAACCUUUGGAAGUCCAUCGAACACAAAAUGGAAGAACCAGAACUUCAACUUAGUGAUUUGGUCACCGAUAUUGGAAGACUAUACCCCACAGAGCAGAGGAAGGAUCUAUCGACGUCGUUCUGUUUCAUUUGUCUAUUACACUUGGCUAACGAACACGGUUUAACUAUCGAAAACACUGAGACACUAACUGACUUGAGAGUCACUGGAUAUGACACAGAGUCCUCGUCCAAUACAAAUUAGAUACCACCGGACAAAGGACAUAGAGUAAUACUAUACCAAAAUAUUAUAACCCCUUUCUUUCUCUUUUGAUCACAGAUUGAAAACUGGAGCUGGACUAACCAACUAACAUACUAAAUAACCAACUACAGAUGAACCUCUUUAUGCGUAUAUGUUUGUGGCCCAUAACAAAAAAGUACUGUCUCGAAACGGAUUUCUUCAAUUGGUUCCUCGAUGACGCUGGAAAAUUUUUGAAAAGCUUUCUUUGAAUGGACUCUUCAGAGGCUUUUCACAUCUCUCUUCGAGUUUGAAUUACAACUUACGUGGAAAGGAAAAAUAGCUUUUCGCAUCUGCUAAUUCAUCAGCAUCAACAGUUGACCCUCGCAUCCAAGCCUAUCGUUCUUGUCAUCACGAUUAAUUAUGUCUCAAUCAUCUUCAUUGUCCUUUGGUC